UGUUGGCGCAGAGGACUGAAGUCAUGGGUACGUUUCAUUACCUGUCAGAAGUCCAGGCGCAGCGCUGCUCUGUGGGCGCAGAUGAGUGAAAACAUCACUGCAUUUCAUUAUCUACUAUCAGGAGURCAUGAGGUCUGGAUGUUUUUGGCACUGUUCUGUGUGGGCCCCUUUGGAUCAAAGAUCUCUCUGUAGUGACCACCGCCUCCKGCGCAGGUACCUUUUCUUGAUAUGAGUAGUGGAGGGAGGCCCUCUCUCUCUCUCUCUCCGGCGCUGCUGGUUCAAGUGCUCGUGGGGACGAAGUCGCAGACGCUUGACGAUUAYGAUGAUGGCGUUUAUGGAGAUGAUGAKAAUGAUGGCAGUUAUGAAGAUGAUGAGAAUGAUGGCAGUGAUGACGAUGAUGGCGAGAGAAGGAUGAAGAUGAUGCGAAUGGAAGGAAGAUGUUCAUAAUGUGGCGGCGCUGUUUCUUUGACAUGGAUGAUGCAGGAGGUUGUCGAUGAUCGUCUGAAAAGGGUGAUAACCACAUGUCUGAAUUGUGCACAUUCUGUCUUGGUGUCUUGUUUGUAUUUUCUUUUUCAGCGUUUUCGUGUUUAGGGGGUACAUGCAUCCAUUCGUCGUGUACCGUUUGCCCAUUGACCAGACGACAGUAAGUGCGGUCCUUGAUUCUGGAGCCGUGGUCCUGGCCAUCUCCCUGCGGGUGGUGAGGAGGGCCGGCCGGUGGAAAGACGUGACUCCUCUCGCGGAGGGCGAUCACUUCGUUUCCGUCGACGAAGACUGGAGUGGACCAGAGACAGCGAGCACCCCCCCCAUGAACGAAGACGUAGAGUUAGUUAUCAUUCAAGCUUGGAGAACGGGGGUGGAAGGAGAUUUGUUGGGAUUCGUCUUCGGAUCGGUGGAAGCGGGACAUCGACAGCCGAUCGUGGGGGAACUUCUAAUCCUCCUCACGCAGAUUCUGGACGAUCUACCAAUCGACGUCAUCUCGCACUGCGACGAGAGUCCGGCGCCGCAUAUUCUUCCGUGCAGCCUGACGCCGUAUCUUCAGUGGUCGACAUGUUUGGAGGCUGAUUGGGACAACCGUAGUUACCCGUCACACGGUAACUACCUAAACCCCGCAGAGAUAAUCGAUUUUCUCUUCUUGGAUCGAGGUGAGCCGACGUCAGAAGAAGAAGAAAAAGACGAGGAAGAGGGAGACAAAUCCGAAGAUACCUCCGAGGAGGACGAGUAUUAUAGCGAGCAUAGUGAGCACGAAUCGGGGGUGAUAAGCAAAAAAGAAGAAGAGGAAGAGGAAGCAAGCGAGGAGGAAGAGGCAGAACAGGCGGGGACACAGGGAGAGGACCCGACGGAAGCAGAACGGCGGAGUGCAGAAAUAGCGGAAGGAAAGUAACCACUAAAACAAUCGGCGGGAACUGAAUUGCCAGUUCCAGACGAUCCGACCCGAGACCCGGAGCUGCCGACAGAGGACGAUGAGCGCUGCGCUACAGAGACUUCGAGCGCGCCGACGCGGAGGCAACGGAGCCGCUACCCCUCCCUUUCCCCCCGUCCCUCAGUUCGAGCAUGUGCCAAUGCGGGGCAUCGAGCUACGUCCCCGGUUAUUAUCCCGUCGUCCCCUUGAUUACCUUACACUCAGGCAAACUGAUACCCCGCUCGCAUUUCCCCAAAAUC